GCCAUGGUCGACUGGGGAGUGAAAAGAAGCCUUGCAGUAGUGGUCAUUGCCACAUUGACUUUUCUCUUGGGCGUUCCCAGUGCUGUUAACAUACACGUGCUAGUAAAUCAGGACUUUGUGUGGAGCGCUGGACUGAUCUUCUCCGGACUCUCCAUGAUCUUUCUACUCUGGAAAUAUGGAGCGAAAAACUUCCGUUUAAAUAUGCUCAAUGAGGGUGAAGAUGGGAGUGACUGGAAAUUACAAGGGGCUUUCGACUAUCUGACAAAGUACGUCCUUCUACUGAACGGUCUGGCGCUGCUGGUGUGGUGGGUGGUCCACACCAUCCAGUCCGCCGAUGUGCCGUGGUACCAGCUGGGGAACCAGUCAUUGAUGACCGCCUUUCUGGAGUGGUUUGCCGUCGGGUUGGUUCUACUGGUACUGAACCUCCUGUUUGUGCGGUGCCGAGCACGCAUGUCCGGCUGUUGGUCUUCACUUGUCGCUAAACAGGAGGACAUACCCGUCUGCCGCUGUUGUCACAAGAAGGGCACAGGAGACAGAGACAACCUCAUCACCGCAACAGACCAGGCUGGAGAGAGGCAAGUUCCAGACUACAGCACUAUAAACAACUGAUAGGGAAGCUACUCGCUGUAUGCGUCUUUGAAUAUUAGUUCUCUAAGACAUUAAAUAAUAAAUGGUUGAUGACCCGCCCCGAGAUGUACAUAAUGUAGUAACACAUGGUCAUUUGCUAUAACAACCGAAUAAUGGUGUGGUUAUAGCAAAUUUCCAUGCGUUACAACACCAUAUACACCACAGAAUAGGCUGGUCAUCAACGAUCUCAUCAUGGCAGACUUUAAGAGUAUUAGAGUGAUCAGAAGGCAAAAAAUGGUAACACAUAGAACGGCCUAGAAUUGAAUCUCUAUUCAUUCGUGCUGAGUUGAUUAAUUGUUGGAUAUUUUAACGUUUAUUUUGAAGUUAAUAAUGUAAUCUGUUAUGAGUAUUUAUGAUCGUCAUGGCUUGCCAUGUACAUGGCUUAGAUAUCAUGGGUAUUUGACAGGGUUUUAAUUUUUUGUGCAGUUCUAUACGGUUUGGAAGACAAAAGGGUACAAUAUAUAUGAAAAUUCGAUAUAUUUAGAUGUUUUAUUCGGGGUUACUAUGUAAUCGGUAUUAGUCAAUAUGUUAUUAUUUUUAGUACUGCAUUUCAAUCACAUUCUGUCACACACUGCUACCAACCCGUACCGCCCUUUCUCAAUUUCAAGAGAGCGGUCACUAUUUCUAAAUUUGUCUGUUGCCGACCAUAGAUCUACUUCUAAGUAUUUUUCCCAUCGUAUGUGCUGUUUCAAAACACAAGCUCACCAGUAUCAAUGCUAAAUAUGACAAGAGGUUUGAAUAUGCAUAAUUAAGAUUCUACAUUUUAUCAUAAUUGUACACAGAAAUUUUUUUAUUACUAAGAAAGUUGCAUGAAUAGAACAUGUAAAAAUAACUCUUACUAUGUGAUAUUUCCUAAACUUGUUGUAACAAAGUUCUUCUACGUUUUUUUUUUGUUACAUACUACAUGAUGCUACACAAAGGCGUUGAUUUUUAACAUCGUCUUUGAAUGUAAUGGAAUCAUGCAUUGAAUACAAUGAAAAAUACAGGUUGAAAAAAAUACGUAUAAACAUACGUAAGUGGGGUCCUUACAGAGGCCCAACCUGUUGCAAACUAACAGCCCGAAAUCACCAAUUUAACUACAUGCGUCCACAUGACAGUUGUUAUGUUGCUGAUUUGCCCAUGUGUGCCACAGAUAUAGGUCCAGGAGACACUUUAUAUAUUCCAUUUUUAUUCUCUGUUACAUCCUUUGGUGCAUAUCUCUAAUGGUUCAUAAAACUAAAUCGAUUCUGAAUGCCGCUUCAUGGUUAACAAUGUGUAAGAAAAAUCAAAUCCAAAAGGACGUUCGCCCACCUCAACAAGCUUGAAACAAAGAACUAUAUCAAUAUCACUAUGGGUCAUGUGUUUACAGCAUAGAUUGUAGUUUGAUACGCAUUGUAAUAUAUUUAGAGUGCAUUUAUAUUGAUUUACUGAAAGUAUAUAGAACCAUCACUUUAUCUACCAGAUAAGUAACGCUUUCCAUUAGAUGUAACUUGUAUGCAAUGUCUUUGCGUGACCCGUGAAGACAUUCAUUUCAAUAUUUUGAACAUCAUUUCACAUAUGUUGACAAUCAUUUUUUCUUAAUCAUAGCAUACAUGAUUCAUUGAAAACGCAUUUCAGCGGUGUUUUAAAAAUUGGAGUCUGGAGGUA